CCCGGAGCGGGGCCGCGCGCCUGGAAGGGAGCCGCUUUCCCUGCUGCGAGCGGGAGGGGCAGGAAGAGCGGCCAGAAAUCACCCGGGGGAAGACGCUGCGGGACCGCCGGGAGCCGCGCCUGGCCGGGCCCGAUCCGCCUGCUCCGCAGACGCCGAAGGGAUCUGGAGCGCAGACUGGCGGGGGGAGGCGCCCUGCAAACUUCCUCUCCGGCGUCCUCCGGCGGCCCCUGCUUCGAUCUUGGCGGCGCGUGGUGCCUGGCUGGAUGUCGCCGCCGAGCACGCAGGGAAGGAAGCGCUGGAGGAGCCCAGCUGUGGCCUUAGCAAGCACUUCAGCCCCGGCUCCCACCCGCAGAGGAUGCAUUUCAGCACCGUCACCAGAGACAUGGAAGCCAUCUCCAGCCCCUGGCUCACCCAGCUGUCCCAUUUUUGCGAUGUUGCAGCUUUCACGGCCAACAGCCUGAGCAGCCUGAACGCCUCCGGCGGCUACCACCUCUCCCCUUCCCCGGGGGACCCCUACGGGCAGCCCGAGCCGCCGCACUACGAGCCCUGCUCGGCCCAGCAGCACCCGCACCAGCACGGCUACCCGUUCGGGGGCGGCCCGGGCUCGGGCCCCAACCCGCCGCCGCCCGGCCCGGAGCCAGCCGAGAGCGGCGGCGGCGGCGGCGGGGCUGCUGCUUCGGGCUGCUCCGCCGCGCCGGCGGCCAAAGCGCCCGUCAAGAAGAACCCCAAGGUGGCCAACGUGAGCGUGCAGCUGGAGAUGAAGGCGCUGUGGGACGAGUUCAACCAGCUGGGCACCGAGAUGAUCGUCACCAAGGCCGGCAGGCGCAUGUUCCCUACUUUCCAGGUGAAGAUCUUUGGAAUGGACCCCAUGGCUGAUUACAUGUUGUUAAUGGAUUUUGUACCCGUGGACGACAAAAGAUAUCGAUAUGCCUUCCACAGCUCCUCCUGGCUGGUGGCCGGCAAAGCUGACCCUGCUACCCCAGGGAGAGUUCACUAUCACCCCGACUCUCCUGCUAAAGGAGCCCAGUGGAUGAAACAAAUAGUGUCCUUCGAUAAACUGAAGCUGACCAACAAUUUAUUGGAUGACAACGGGCACAUCAUUUUGAACUCCAUGCACAGAUACCAGCCCCGUUUUCAUGUGGUCUACGUGGACCCCAGGAAAGACAGCGAGAAGUAUGCGGAGGAGAACUUUAAAACGUUUGUGUUCGAGGAGACCCGCUUCACCGCCGUGACCGCCUAUCAGAAUCACAGGAUCACACAACUCAAGAUUGCCAGCAACCCCUUCGCUAAAGGAUUCAGAGACUGUGAUCCAGAAGACUGGCCCAGGAAUCACAGACCAGGGGCCCUUCCUCUGAUGAGUGCUUUCGCCAGGUCCAGGAAUCCAGUAUCUUCCCCUGCACAUCAGAAUGGGACUGAGAAAGACGCUGCGGAGAGCCGACGGGAGUACGAGCGGGAAGCGGCCAGCGGGACCCCUCUCCACGCCGACCCCGCGCACCAGCAGCUCCUGUCGCGGGUGCUGAGCCCGGCCCUGCCCGUCCCCGGCGCGGGGGGGCUCGUCCAGCUGAGCAGCCCGCCCGGGAGCCGGCCCAGCCCCCCGCACCACGAACUGCGGCUGGAGCCCCCCGCCUCGGAGCCCCUGCACCACCACCCCUACAAGUACCCGGCGGCGGCGGCGGCCUACGACCACUACCUGGGGGCGAAGAGCCGGCCCGCCCCCUACCCCCUGCCCAGCAUCCGGGGCCACGGCUACCACCACCACCACCACCACCACAUGGGCCCGCCGGCGGCCAACGUCUACUCCGCGGCGGGCGCGCCGCCCAGCUAUGAGUACGGGCCGCGGUAACCCGCCCGCCCCCUGCCGGCCCGGCCCCGCCCUGCCCUGCAUGGUGUGCGCCCCCGCCCCGCGCCCCGCGCGCCGGCUGCUCGGCUCUGCCCACCCGCCCCCGGGCUCGCCGGGGAGAGCGGGCGGGGGCGGGGCCGGGGCAUCCGCCGACUGGCCGCGGCGCUUCGCUUUGCUCCGGGGACGAAGCCGGAGGGGGCGCGUCCCGCUCCCGCGUGAGCGACGCUCACGGCCCCUCGCACUGAUGAUGGUUCGUGCUCCCGAGGCCCCGGGACGGAGGCCGGCCGGGGUGACUCGCCCGCGGCAGAGCCAGCCGCAGACUCUCGGUUUCCCAACGCCCAGGCCUGGCCCACGUGGGCUCUGGGCGGGAAUCAUGGUAACACCGAACGAGGCGGGGUCCUGUGCUCCGCAGCUGGCCCUGGGCACCUGCAGUCCCUUGGCCUGGUCCUACUCCUCGUGAGAGCCACCCACGUGGGAUUGUGGUGACUUACUGCUGUGGGAGGACUGGGGCUCCCUUGGCUUUAGACCUUCCCCCCCCCCACCGUAUUUUCCAGGGGACUAGCGAUGGAAGUAGGGCUUAAAGUUAGGAAAUGUUUUGAUGUUGCCAGGUGACCUCCAGCUAGGUCCUUCCCAGAGCCCAUCUCUUCAUGACUGAUGAGUAGGGGGCAACUUUAUACACAAGCAACUGUUUGGGGCCUUGUGCUUCUCUAAUGUAGCCCCAGGCCAAGAACAGUGCUACAGAUUUUUAUUUUUCCCAACAAUCGGUAUUAAGGUCAUUACAAGCAUCCAGAAAAAAAGCUAAAGUUUGGGCCAUAUUUUCAUAUUCUCAGAGGGGUCAUGAUGGCUGGUGAUGAGAACACCACCAAAGCAGCCCUACAACACUACCUUGCCUGGUGAUUUCCUGGUUUCUUAAUACUCUCUAUUGCAGUCUGGCCUUUUAGAGAAUUCCCCCCCCCCAACAUGCUUUUCAGGGGCUGGCCCUAUAUCUGGCAGAGCUGCAGUCUUACAGUGACCAUUUUGCAACUGGCUGCUUGCUGUGUGCCCCUUCUUACAUCUGGAAAGUACAUUUUAUGUCUUCCCUCAGGUUGCUUUUCUUGUGGAGAUGGUCCACAUCCCAAAAUGUCGCUUCUGGCAUAUGUCUCCAGCUACACAUUAUGAAUAUCCAGACUACAUUUUGGCUUGGUGUUCCACCACUUGUCAAGCCAGUCCUGUAUUUCAGAGAAGGAUCUAACCGCUAAUUGACCAUGUGGGUUUAUAAGUGCCUCCGUCCUCCUCCCCCGCUCCACAGAAUUCUGUGAAAAGAGAUGGGUUAUAUUUUAUGUCCUCUGAUUCAUCCAUAUUAGUGCCUCUGCAUUGCAAAUUCCACAGUGUUCUCUAGGUAUCUUUUUGAAAGAGGAUUCCUUACCUUGUGAAGGUGGCAAAUGUUAAGAUCGCAUAGUAAUGUCUAUCCAGUCUUCAGCAAUAGGCUCUAUCCAGAAGAGAUACAGGCAGAUGUGAAUAUUUUCUGUAACUUUUUCCAUUACAAAAAUCUGGAUCAAUUGUGAAGAUUUGUGCAAGCACCAUGUGUUUUUAUUUGACAUUUGCAGUGAAUUGUGAAAUUUUUAGUGUCCGACUACACAAUAAUAACUGUUCUCAAAAAGGCUGAUGUGAAAUAGACUUGUGCAUAUUAUUAGUCAGCUGGAAACUGCUUUCUGACAUGCCCUGUUGCUUUGUCGCUGUUAUUUCAGAGUUUUCACUAUGAUUUGUUACCUGGACAUUGAUUAGUGCCAAAGCUUUUGUUUAAUGAAGUUGUUAUAUUUAUUUUUUUCUUUCAGAGAUUAUACAAAUGUUUUUGGUUUUGUUUUCAUAAUAGUUGCAGUGUAGGAAAAAGUCAAGACAACCAAAGAGUCAUAUCUGCAAACAGUGUAGAUACUUGUAGAUAUUUAUAGAUAUGUGUAGAUAAUCUUAUUACAGUUAAAUUGAAAAGACAUUGGACAGUGACAUUUAUAAAUGGU